AUGUGUCUGCGUGAUUUGUUUCUGUGGCUCGAUCUGACGGAAAUGCUGCUUUUUGUUUUUGCGAUUCUCCUCGUUGUCUAUUUUCUGGACAAAAAAGAUCCACCUAACUUUCCACCAGGACCACCAUCACUGCCUCUUCUAGGAAACAUAUUCAACAUUGAGUCUAAACAGCCUCACAUUUACUUAACCAAGCUAGCUGAUGUGUUUGGGAAUGUGUUCUGCAUACGUCUGGGAAGACACAAAACAGUGUUUGUGUGCGGGUGGAAGAUGGUGAAGGAAGCCAUAGUCACACAAGCUGACAACUUUGUGGACCGGCCUUACAGCCCGAUGGUGACCAGAAUUUAUUCAGGAAACUCAGCGGGUCUUUUCUUCAGUAAUGGGAGAGUGUGGAGGAGACAGCGGCGUUUUGCCAUGGCCAUGCUACGUACCUUUGGUCUGGCCAAGAGCUCCAUGGAGCAGAGCAUCUGUGAGGAGAGUCAUCAUCUGCAGGAGGCCAUGCAGAAGGAGAAAGGUGAGCCAUUCGACCCCGUGCCCCUCUUAAACAACGCUGUGGCCAACAUCAUCUGCCAGAUAGUGUUUGGGAGACGGUAUGAAUAUGGCGACCACAACUUCCAGAGCAUGCUGAAGAGUCUGACUGAGAUGGCCUAUUUGGAGGGAUCUAUAUGGGCUCUACUUUAUGAUGCGUUCCCAGCUCUGAUGAAACUCCUGCCGGGGCCUCACUGUGGCAUCUUCAGCAGCUCCAGGUCUUUGGAGGCAUCUAUCAGAGGAGAAAUAGAGAGGCACAAGUUGGACCUGGACCCCAGCAACCCACGAGAUUACAUCGACAGCUUCCUCAUAGAAGAGAAACACAACAGAAACAGUGAACUGCGCUUUGACGAUGACAAUCUGGUUCUGUGUUGUCUGGAUCUGUUCCUGGCUGGUAGUGAGACCACUUCAAAGACCCUGCAGUGGGGCCUCAUCUACCUCAUCAACAACGCUCAAAUCCAGGAUAAAGUCCAUGCCGAGAUAGACAGAGAGAUCGGACAGAGCCGACAGCCCAGUAUGGCAGACAGACCCAACCUGCCCUACACUGACGCCGUCAUCCACGAGAUCCAGAGGAUGGGAAACAUUGUUCCUUUAAAUGGACUCAGAAUGGCUGCCAAGGAUACAACACUGGGUGAUUUCGUCAUACCCAAGGGAACCUCAGUGAUGCCUAACCUGACCUCCGUGCUGUUUGACAAGACUGAAUGGGAAACCCCCGACACCUUCAAUCCUGAACACUUCCUGGAUGCCGAGGGGAAGUUUGUGAGGAGGGAUGCAUUUUUACCUUUUUCUGCAGGAAAGCGUGCAUGUCUGGGUGAAGGUCUGGCGAGGACGGAGCUGUUCCUGUUUUUUGUCAGUUUGCUCCAGACAUUUUGUUUUUCAACGCUGGACAGAGUUCAGUUGAGUACUGAAGGAAUCGUAGGAGCCACACGCACGCCGUACCCCUUUAAGAUCUAUGCCACAGCCCGCUGA